AUAUGGAAGCUUAAUUAAUUUUUGAACUUUUCCAAUAAGACAGUUAAACUAUAAUUUCCCUUCCUAAGUACUGCUUUUAUUUCAAUUCAUGUUUUAUGUUUUCAUUUUACUAAAUUCAAAAUAUUUUAGCUGGGCUUGUGGACUUGGGAGGCUGAGGCAGGAGGACAAGUUCAAGGCCAGCCUCAGCAACAUAGUGAGGCUCUAAGCAACUCUGUAGACCCUGUCUUAAAUUAAAAAAUGAAAAGGACUGGAGAUAUAGCUCAGUGGUAAAGUACCUCUGGAUUCAAUCCCCAGUACCCUUUUUUUCCUCUCUUUCCAUAUAUAUUAUAUAUAAUAUAUAUUUUUAUAUAUUUUAUAAUUUCCUUGGUGAUUUCUGAUUUCUUCUUUGAUGAUGAGUUAUUUAGAAACGUGUUAUUUUAUUUGCAAAUACUUUGAAGUUUAAAAAAGAACAAAAGUUUUUUUUUGUGAUGGAGUCUCACUAUAUUUGCCAAGGUUAGCCUCAAACUCUUUGGCUCAAGUGAUCCUCGUAACUCAGCCUCCCAGGUAGUUGGGAUCACAGACACUUGCCACUGCACCUAGCUUCCUUCAUGACCCAUUUUGAGUUGGCUCCAGCCUAACGCUGUGCCAAAUACUUCUUCCUUUGUCCACUGUUUCUAAAUAAAUGAGCCUCUUUGUUAAUAGCCUGGUAAUUAAAAAAUAAUUCUCAUUUUAUCCCAUGAGAUGGGGUAGGAAAAAUGAAUUCCAUUCUCCCACCCUUAGACUCAUCUGGGCAGGUCAGAGCCUAUCUGAGGUGAGCAAUUCAGUCAGAGUUUAUGUGAGCAGUUUCACUGUGAGGAGAGAGAAUUAAAGCCUGUGGGUGUCCCCAGACCCUUUCUCGCUGUCCUGGCCAACUCACUUCUCUCACGGUAUAAUCUUGGGAAGUCAUUUUCCUCCUUCUUAGAGUAAGACUGAAUGUUGGAAGAGUGGAAAAGGCUCCGUGACUGGUGGUUUGUAGCCAGUAGAGAGAAGGACAAAAGGGUCCUGCAUAUCCGUCAUGCUUCCUGUCCUCUUCUUUUUCCCUUUCCUGUUGUUGCCCCUCACACUCCCUGAUGUCAUUCCUGCCAUUGUGAGCUGGCAGGCCCUCCGGGACAGCCAUAAGGAGGGAGGGAGGUAGAGCUGCAGGAGGUGGGGGAAGCAGUGGUCACAAUGGCAACACCUUGGAGUUGGGCUGGGUCUGCAAGGAGCCCCAGAGAUGUUCCCCAGCCCAUUCUUCCCAAGAACCCAAUGAGUAAAAUUAGGGGCCUCCCUCCUAAGGUCAGGGAACCAAGCCCUGGAGUAGCACUUGGGGUGGAAAAUGGCCUUCUUUGUCAAUUGAUUCAUUCUCCAGAAUUCAACUUAUUCUCCAACUCAGUGGUGUUUGAAAGCAACUUUAUCCAGGUCCAUGUUCCUGGGGCUGAUUUCCAGGUCAAUAAGCCCACAGACUGGAUGGAUGUCUGGGAAGGAUCUACCCCCAUCAUUCUUGGGGUGACGUCCUCAGUGCCCUCCUUGCCACUCCCCAACGUCCUCCUGAUGGCCAAUGUCACCUGGCCCCAGAAUCAGUUUUCUACCUGGAACACACGUGGUGUCCCAGUCAUCACACUGAGCAGGAUUCUCCCCCUGAAGUAUGUGGAGCUACAAAUCUAUGACCGGACCCAACACAUUCUGCGACUUAGAACAGUGACAGAAAAAAUCUACUACCUGAGGCUCCAUGAUAAACAUCCAGAGGCUGUGUUUCAAUUGUGGAUCCGCUUGGUGAGAAUUCUACAGAAAGGUCUAUCCAUCACCACCAAAGACCCAAGAAUCCAAUUCACUCACUGCCUGGUGCCCAAGAUGCCUAGCCCCUCCACUGAAACAACACCUGAAUGCAGCCUCUCAUCAUCCUCCCAGACCAGUGAGACCCUCAGGCUGCUGGCAGCUGAGCAGAAGAGUGGCAGUUGCUUGGGACUCUCUACAAGGACCCAGCUCACAUCAAACAGAAACACCCAAACUGCCACUGAAAUAGGCAGUUGCCACAGCUAUAAGAAACCCUCACUGGUGACAUCUCCACUCAACUUGAAUAUACCCAUGAGAGCCACCUUGAACCACAGCCUCUGGGAACAAGAAGAUCCAAACGAACAUUUCCUACAGGUUCCUGUAGCCAGUUCCCUAGGAGAGAACUUUCUGGGGCCCUGACACCUAGCUAAAAUGGGGUGAUCAUCCUUGGUGUAUGUGCAGCCUCUAAGGCUGUUCACCACGGUGCCAAGUGACAUGGGUGGGGUAAAUGGAGUUACUAACAACGUGCUGCUGUACUUCCACCAAUAAACCUCCAUGCAAGUC